AUGCGUUUGAGUAUUGCUACUGUAGUGGGCCUCGCCAUCGCCCCUGCGUUAGCAAACUGCCCUUAUGGCCGAGAUUCGGGUACUGGGAGUGACAGCCGUGCUAACCUCCAUGCUCACCUGCCGCGCGACACCAAUACAAGCAAAUUAACAGGUGUUACGUCUCCCUCCACGGUGGCUGGAAAAAAGGGCCUUCUGUUGAUGAACCGAAUCGCCCCCGGCACCUCAGAACUAUACAUCGCUAACACCGACGGCACGAACGAGCGUCCUCUAUUGAAAGAUCCCGGUUAUGAAUACCACGCCGAUUUCUCUCCUGAUGGUGAAUGGAUUGCCUUCACCAGUGAGCGUAACGGUGAUGGAAACUCCGAUAUCUGGCGUGUGCACCCAGAUGGCUCCGAUCUACAGCCGGUUGUGUCGUCUCCAGCAGCGGAGGAUAGCGUUGUAAUCUCACCCAAUGGAACAUUGGCGGCAUAUGUUUCAACGGCCAAUAACUACAACGCUAACAUUUGGGUCAAGGAUCUGGAGACCGGUGCCGAGUGGAAUAUCACCGAUAUCCCGCAAAAUCGGGGAGAUGAGGACAUGAUGAAUGGUCACUUCCGUCCAGCUUGGUCGCCAAACGGAGACUGGCUUGCAUUUUCCUCAGACCGCAACACAAUAUGGGAUGGCCACGGAAAUCAAACCUUCCUCGGCCUCUAUGGCUGGGAGCACACCCAAGAACUCGGUAUUUAUAUUAUUCGCCCUGAUGGCUCAGAUCUUCGCCGUGUGACCCACCGUACUGGCCACUGCCUUGGGUCUCCCAAGUGGUCACCUGAUGGCACUCGCCUCAUAUUCUACGAGAUGACUCGUAAUGCGACAUGGGAUGCACAUCGACCUGAGCUUGUCGGAGCUGCCAACUCCACAAUUAUGUCUAUUGGAGUCAAUGGCUCUGACCGUCGCAUAGAGGUUGGUGGUCCUGGUAUGAAGACCUUUCCUCAAUACGUCACGAACUCCACCAUUGGGUACCAUCUGAAGGGCGGUACUAAGGAGGGCCUAUAUCUCACAAACGGUACCUACUACAAUACCACUAUCCGCUCUCCGUCAUGGUCACGCGAUGGAAAGUACGUGGUUUACGAGAAGGUUGGUUGGUCUAUCCGCCCUCUUUUCAAGGAGCUUUACGGUUGGGACAGGGACUGGGAAUAUCAUUUCACUGAUGUAUUCCCCCAACUCUCGUCAAAUGAUCGCAUAGCUGUGACUGAAAAGCAACUUGGGAACUGCUCCAUUGCCACUUUUGACGUAGAGGGUGAUCAGCUCUCUUUGGUCUACAAACCUGAUAAUGCCACUCUCCUAGACACUACGCUGACUUCCGAAGGCUUGGCCGGGGCCUUCAAUCCCAGCUGGUCCCCAGACAACGAGUGGAUUGCCUUUGGGGUGGGCGCCUGGUUUGAGGCGCGUGAUUGGCGAGGAGCCUGGAUUGUACGCUCCACCGCAAAUGGCACCUACAGCGAGGUCCUCACCACCAGCAACCUCUAUCUCAAUAACACCAAGGAUCUGAACACCGGGUUUCCCAGCUUUUCUCACGAUGGAAAAAAGAUCGUCUACCGCGUCUGGGGUGCCGACACUGCCAGGUACGGCAAUGAGACAGAUAUUGGUUUGCGCAUUAUCGACAUUGAGACUAGGAAGAUCACCCAGAUUACCAGUGGCUGGGACAACCUUCCCACCUUCUCGCCCGAUGGAGAAUUUAUACUCUUUACUCGCAAGGUUUCUCCGACUAAUUACGAUAUCUGUACCAUCCGCCCUGACGGAACUGAUUUCCGCAUUCUGACUUCCAGCGGCGCCAACGACGCCCACGCCGUUUGGCGCCAGGAUGGAAAAAUCAUAUGGUCCUCCGGCAUGUAUGGGUUCCAGUAUGAGUGUCCUUUGUACGAUGAGACCUUUCAGCCCUACGGUCAGAUCAUGAUCAUGGACUCCGAUGGAUCCAAUAAGCGUCCUUUGACGAACUCGAUUUGGGAAGAUUCUAUGCCGCUCUUUCUUCCUAACGAUUGGUUCUAA